AUGGCCGAGGUUUGCAUGCUAGAGAGCCGUCUUGGAGCCCAUUGUUUCAAAGGUAUGGAUGAAAGCUAUCGGAGAUCUGAAGAGAAGAAUCGCCAAGGGUUAAAGUUUACCAAUGCUGUGCGUUUACAUGUUGCUUCUCGUGUAGGUGAAGAUUUCAAGCUUGAGAUCUGGCUAUCUCGACCGAUUGGAGUUAUUUCACAAACAAUGAUGACAUCAGUGGAAGGAUUGGUGAAUACACUUGGAUGUUAUCUUCUCGGGGCUAUGAAAAGUAGUAAUGGUUGGAAGAAACAAGAGAGGAAUGGAAUACAAGAUCUCAGUGGGGUUUUUGACCUGUACUUUGAGAAUGAAAAACAUGGCAACGAUUGUAGGCUGCAAGUAACAUUGGGUUAUGAGAUAGGACAGAUUUUUUUUCAAGAUGUAUAUCCUUAA